AAAAAAAAAAAAAAAAAAUUCCAAAGGAUUCGUAAACAAGUUUUAGGAAUGGCUUACUUUUUUCUUCUCAUCUUUCUACUAUUGUCUACGGCAACUGCAGCCCAAAGUAACUGGCGUCCCUGCAUAGAAGUUAAACGCACAUUACGCAUACCAUGCCAAUGCACUGAAGCUAUUUCAAACUUGAACAAUACUACACUGUCGCUUGAAGUAAACUGUGAUAAUAUUAUUCUUGCUGAUGAUGCUUUAUCCAGUCUUUCUGGUCAACCAAUCGUCUCUUUCAGUCAACAAUUUUGCGGUCAUCAAAAUCUACCCAACGAACUAAUCAGUAUUUUACCCGAAAAUAUUGAAAAGCUAAACCUUUGUAAUAAUGAGAUUAGCCGAUUAAUGGAUCGUCAAUUACAAAGAUUUAUUAAUUUAAAUGAGUUGAGAUUAGCAAACAACGCGUUAGGUGACAAUCUUAAUCCUAUUUUUUCUAGCAAUGAAUUUCAUGAUAUUUCAAGCUUGAAAAUAUUGGAUUUGCAAUCUAACGGAUUACGGCAUCUAGAAGAAGGAAUAUUUAAAAGAUGUAUCAAUUUGGAAGAGUUAUACCUUGAUUAUAAUAAUUUAACAAGCCCUCCUAUUGAUUCGCUCAAAGGACCAAAAGCUAUAAAGGUACUGAGUCUUGCUGGAAAUAAUAUUGGAACAAUACGUAGAGGUACAUUCUCAAUAUUAGGACGGACUCUUUUACAUCUUGACUUAAGCAGCAAUGAAUUAUUGCACUUUGAAGAUGGAGCUUUAAUCGAAAUGGUAAAUCUGUUGACACUCAAUAUAUCUCACAAUAAUCUGCAGCGUUUAAAUAGUGAUGUUUUCAAAGAUGCUAUUAAACUUCAACAACUUGAUAUUUCCAGCAAUUUUUUAAAAUAUUUUCCUCUGGAUGCAUUACAUUAUUCAAAGGGAAUUACAUUUCUUAAUAUCUCUAAUAAUUUGAUUACCGAAUUAGAUGAUGCACAUUUAUCUAAUUUAAAAAAUCUUGAGUUUUUGGAUCUCAGCCGUAAUAACAUUGGACGCUUAAGUACAAAUGCAUUUAUCACAUCCACAUCUUUAAUUCAAUUAGAUCUUAGUUUCAAUGCUCUACGCGCGAUUGAAGAAGCUUCAUUUGGAGGACUUACAAAUCUGCAAUAUCUUUCACUUCGAGAUAAUAAUAUUUUAUUAAUGCCAUCGGCAUCUUUAGCACGAUUACCGUCUUUAAUGCAUCUCAAUUUAGAAUUUAAUCGCAUUGCAGUUAUUACAAGUGAAAUUCUUCGUACUAGUGUGCCACACUUAACUAGCUUCAGUUUAAAACAUAAUCUUAUGCGCGAACUUCCACCUCGACUAUUUUAUCAUUUUAAUAAGCUUGAUAGUCUUGAAUUAUCUGGCAACAUGAUUUCAGAAAUCGAUCGGCAAAGUUUUGUAGGUAUUGAAGAUACUUUAACGUAUCUUGAUUUAUCUGCUAACCAAAUAAGUAUUAUCGACGAAUUACCAUUAAAAAACUUAGUAUCGUUAAAUUUAGCAGAUAAUCUUUUAAAGAAAAUAUCUCCUGGAAUAUUUAAGCAUUUUAAUCAAUUACAAUACCUAAAUAUCAGUAAUAAUCCACUUUAUGGAGGAUUUCCACCAAUUUUUCCAAAAUCUUUGAUUUCUCUCGAUGCUUCGUUUACCGAUCUUCAAAUACUGCCAUCAGUCUUAUUAUUGAAUUUAGAAAAUCUUGAAAGUAUUUCCUUUUUAGGAAAUAAAUUACAAGAAAUUGGUGAAAAUACAUUCAAAAAUCUCUAUAAUCUUACUAGUAUCGAUCUUUCUUAUAAUAAAAUUGCGAACAUAGAGUCUGAAGCAUUUGUAGGUCUGCAGAACCUUUAUAAAUUGAAUCUCCAGGGAAAUAAUUUGAGAAUAUUUGGAGGAGAACAUUUUAAUACCGGAACUGGUUUAGAAAUUUUAAAUUUGUCUAAUAAUGUAAUAGAGUAUUUAUCCCCAACUGUAUUCAUAAUACAUCCGAGAUUAAGAGAAAUCGACUUAUCUUGGAACCGAUUCACGAUUUUUCCGAACGAAUUAAUGAAAACUCUUCAAUUUCUGGAAAUUCUAAAUUUAUCCAAUAAUUUAUUGCACACAAUAAAAGAGUUCGGUUUCGCUCAAAUAAUUCGUUUAAGAGAUUUAAAUCUUUCUAAUAAUCGAAUCGAAUCGGUGGAAGAGUUAGCAUUUCAUAAUUCAACACAACUGCAACGACUUGAUUUAUCAAACAAUCGCUUAGAAUACUUAAGUGAGCGAAUGAUGGAAGGUAUACUUCGAAUGGAAAAACUUGAUUUAACGAACAAUCGUUUGUCAUCUCUACCUGAGAAAAUCUUUGAUGUGUCAAGAAUUCGUAGUCUUGAAGGAAUAAAUCUUUCGGGUAAUUUUUUUGUAGAGAUACCAACGCGAGCAUUGCAAAAGCAAGUAGCGAACUUAAGGUGUUUAAACAUUGCUCGUAACCGAUUAUCAGAAAUUUUUACUCAAGACAUUAUAAGUAGUGUGAAGUGUUUAGAUAUUUCAGAAAAUUCUUUAAGUGAAAACACUGUUUAUAGGAUUCUCAGUGAAGCUAAAGUAUUGCGAUAUUUAAAUAUUGCAUCCUGUGGUGUUCACAAAAUAACUAAAUUAGAGGCUCCAUUUUUACAGUAUCUCAAUUUGUCUAAUAAUGCUCUUAAACAUAUCGAGUCCUUUGCUUUAGAACGUACAACGAUGUUGGAAGAUCUUGAUAUUUCAAAAAAUCAACUUCAAAGCUUUGAAAGUCUUCUCAAUACUUUUGGUUCAAUCUCUCCUUUAAAAAUUCUCGAUAUUUCUGAAAACGAUAUAAAAAUUGUUAACGAAAGCUCUUUAAUUGGUUUUGAAAACUUAAAAAAGCUAAAAAUGUUUGAUUUGAUAAAUUGCACGCGAAUAGAAAAAAGUGCUUUCAAAUCAUUAUUUAAACUUCGAAAUUUACAAGCGUUUAAUUUUCCAAGGCUAGGCUAUUUUGACGUCCAAGGAAUAAUAAAAGAAAUGAAUAAUCUUGAAGCUUUAGACAUUGAAAUAAAGGAUUUAAAUGUGGGCAAUGAGCAAUUAUUUAUAAGUAUACAUCCACGCUUAAAAUCUCUUAUUUUAAGGGGCGAAAGAUUACGAAAUGUUCUAUCAAGUUUGCUUGUAGGCAUAAAAUCACCGGACCUUUCUAUUCAGUUUAAAAAUACCUCGAUUGAGACAAUUCCAGCAACUUUACUAUUUCCAGUUCCGCGCUCAACACUUAUAGAAUUAGAUGUAAGUGGUAGUAAAUUAAAAAUCAUUUCUUCCCAGCUCAUCUCAACAUUUGAAGAACGGAGUAAAUUUAUUCAAAUAAAGGGACUUAAACUUAAAAUCAAAUGCGAUUGUGAAGCUAAACAUUUAUGGAGAUGGUACAAAAAUAUGGAACUUCAAAGGGAAAAUUCCAUUACAUGUAUAACACCCGAAAGUUUAAAAGGAUAUUCACUACUAAAUCUUACUGAAAAGCGAUUAUCUUGCAUUCCUGAACAAAGCACGACAUUACUUCAACUCGAAAAUACAGAAACAAUUACUACAACGAAACGGCCUACAAGUUCAAAACCUGAAGUCAUCUGGACCAUUGCUCCAACAACUCAAGACUCUAGAAAUACAAAGUACAGUGUUGGAGAUUCUCCUAUGAAUGUAUCUAGCGGCAUAACAAAUAAUACUGACGAUACAUUAAUAAUCAGUAUAGUCGGUGGCAUUGUAGCUUUUAUCGCCAUUGUUAUGAUUAUCAUUUGCAUUUGUCGAUUACGUUGGAGUAAUCAGAUGAAUCAGUCUCGUAUGCAAGCGGCCAUGUCAUCCAGUAUUCACGAAGCAUCGAUGCUUCGCCCAUCAAGCGCCUAUAGUGGUAAAUUAAAUCAGGACUUGUAUGUCAGUUCGUACAAUGGUUCAACAUUAGGGCAUAAUAAUAACUCGUCAAUUGUACCAGCCACACAAAUACCAGCAACACCUGUUCAUAUGCUACCUUUCAUACAGUCCUUACCAAUGAUUCAUACUUCAAAUUGUGCUCAACCAAUUUAUGGUUAUUAUGAUAGUUCGCCAUUACCGUUUUACGUCGCAGAAUCAUCCGAGAAUAAAUUUGACAGAUAAAUUAUGCAUUAAAAUUGCAUUAGAAUAAAAUAAAUAACAAAUAAAUGCGUGAUAUUUCACUUAUAAGCAUUUAUUUCUUAUAUAUUUAUUUUCAUUGGCUUUAAUAUUGUUGCUAAUUAGAACUAUAGCAAACAUAGAAAAAGUAGUAGAUUCUUGAGUGAAAAUUAUUUUAGUAAAAAAACGUCGUGAGCUCUAUUAU